AUGAUUGAUUGCUUUAAAAGAAUUGAGUUACGACAGCUUCUUCACGCUUUCCAUAGUGGGUUAAUUAUUGUAUUGUAUAUGAACAAUGAAGAAUUGUUGAUUCAAUGUAGUGGUUGUCGUAUUUCGCUUUAUACUUGUAAGGGUGAAAGUUGUAAGGCUAAAUGUCCUCCUCACAUUAGAAAAUGUUCUAAAUGUGCUGGACACAAUUAUUCGGCUAGACAUAGAAUUAAUCGAAAGUAUUAUGCUAGUCAAAAAUCUCGUUCAAAUUCAAAUUCUGAGAACUCUAUUUCUUUUGAAUCUUUAAUAAAUCAAUCAUCUGAUUCUGUCGUUGAUAAGGAUUUGCCAGAAAUCUGGAAUAAUGCCUGGUUGGAACAACUUCCAUAA